AGAACAUAAAAAAUAGGGUAUACGUCUAGUUUCCAGACUAAGUCUCUCAGUGUAUCAGUACAACGUGCACUCACAUCUCUAACAGGCAAACGAAGCGUGUUUCAGCGCCAUCAAAGUGGAAACAAAACCCCUUUUGCAGUGACUUAGGCGAGUCGGAUGAAAACCGAGCUGUGUGCCACAUCUUCCACUAAAUGAUAAAGCCGCUACCCUGGAACUGAAGGUAGGAGCGACUAAAUAGAAACCUUGCUUAAGAGAGAGAGAGAGAGAGAGAAACGAAAUUUAGGCUACUCUGGCGAAAGUUUAUGUCGUGUUUUCUGUCUAAGGAAGAGUCGUGAAACUCAGUCGGGCAUCUUGAAUUAUUCUCGUGCUGUAUUUGUACAAAGUUUCCAUCAGUAACAGGAGGUGGUAGGUGCUGUAAGUUAACGGUUGAGUUGGGGCUGUUGGCGACGUCAUAAAGUGUGAAAGUGGGCUUAACUGAAGUGGACUUUCUUCAGCCGGAAGACUCAUAAACCAAACCCUUGAGGAGGGAAAUUAAUGAGGGUUGUUGGUCUCCUGCAGGAGCAGAGGAAGACGUGACGUGGGGAGUAAAAUCACGGAGAGAGUGGAGAAAAGGAGGUAGAAACACCAGCCCAGCUAUCUGCCUGCCUGAGAGUGCCGCGUCAUGGGGAAACAAAACAGCAAGCUGCGGCCCGAGGUGCUGAAUGACCUCAGAGAAAACACAGAGUUCACCGACAACGAGCUGCAGGAGUGGUACAGAGGCUUCCUCAAGGACUGUCCCACCGGACACCUGACUGUUGAGGAGUUCAAGAAGAUCUACGCCAACUUCUUCCCCUACGGAGACGCCUCAAAGUUUGCAGAGCACGUCUUCCGCACGUUUGACACCAACGGUGACGCCACCAUCGACUUCAGGGAGUUCAUAAUCGCCCUGAGCGUGACGUCUCGUGGUGGACUGGAGCAGAAGCUGCGCUGGGCUUUCAGCAUGUACGACCUGGAUGGGAACGGAUACAUCAGCCGGGCAGAGAUGCUGGAGAUAGUUCAGGCAAUUUACAAGAUGGUGUCAUCCGUGAUGAAGAUGCCUGAGGACGAAUCGACACCUGAGAAAAGGACAGAUAAGAUUUUCCGACAGAUGGACAUCGACAAUGACGGGAGAUUGUCUUUGGAGGAGUUCAUUAAAGGUGCCAAGAGUGACCCGUCUAUUGUCAGACUGCUGCAGUCAGAUCAGGGAGCCUCUCGUCAGUUCUGAGGACAGAGACAAUGACGGACACACACUCUGAAAUACAGUCACAAACACACACCCGUCUGGCUUUGUGCUCCUCACCUGAUCCCGUCAUCACGACAACAGACAGUCCUUUCAUUUCACUCCAUGUCUUCAUGUUUACAUUAAUGGAUGCUUCUCUUUUUAUCAAUGUGGCUCCUGUUCUGUGGACUAUGACGUGCUUUCAGUUGAGGUCUUUUGUGCAUUUUCCAAAGCUCGCUGGUUUUUUCCCUGUUUGCUCCAUAAGUGAAGUGCCAUAUCAUCUAUUUGUACUGCCUGGAUUAUGUGCUUGCAAGUAUUAUAACUCCUGUUACGUUACAUUAAGAGGAAACUAAUUGUAUCACAUCAUAUAAUUUGAUUGGCCGUAGAGGGGUGUUGUUGUAUUUUUAAACCUGGGCCCUAUAUUUUUCAGGAAGUUUUAGAAUUGGUCCAGCAGAUCCCUUCAUCUGGCAGCUGUGAAGAGACUGUAAUGGCUAUAAUGUAAUCCUAGGAACCCUCUAAAAACUUGGUAUUUCCCAGGAGACAAGUGUCCACAUCUUCUGGUCAGCUCACAUUGGGAGUCUCAUCAUUUGUAACUUUAGAGAUAUUUUUUUUUUUCUUUUUGGUUAUCAUCGCUGCUCCUGUCCCUCUCAAACUAAAAGGGUUAUUAUUUCAAUCCAGACAACGAUAGAGCCUGACCACAUGGUUAGAUUUUCUAAAACUGACCAAAUCCAUGAAACAAAACUCCAUUUUCACACAGGGCUGGAACUCUGGUCACUAGCAUGAAAGCAAUGUCUUUACUGAGACCGUCCAGACAGACUUAUGUCCACUAAAAAGGCUUGUUUUUACAACUCACUAGCUGAGGAUGUGAAGGGCUGUCUGCAUCAAGAACGCUAACUGUAACUUUAAUAGUGAUUUGAUUCAUGAUAGAAACCCAGCCAGCCAAUCAAAAUCCAUCUUUAUUUAUAGGGCCAUCAUUUACCUUGAUUUCUGGGACAUUUCCUUUAAAAUAAUGUGACAGGAGUGCUUGUAAUAUUGGUUUCUACAGCAGCCAGUCUCUUUUAUGUAAGCUACUUGAUGGAUUUAGAAGACCCUAUUUAAAUGGUCUACUGUAACAACUCCAUCUUGGUUAUUAACACUUUAAGGCUUAUAUAGCAUAUAUUAAGCUCUAAAUUACAAAAACAUUUUCCCUGAGACAUACUGUCAAAUGAUCUUUGGUGCUGACAGGGUAGUUUUGAUGUCCUUCAAAUCAUCUGCAACAAGAUGUAGCUUCAAAAGACAACAGCUCUUGAGAUAGAGUGUUGAAUUUACCUGACUCCACCCUAAUGAAGAAUUUUAUAAAACCACAACCUUCUGGGGGUUUUCUUUGUUUCUCUACACAACUGACAUCAGUAUCAGGUCAUUAAGGAGAGCACAGCGUGUGCUUGCUGCCACCAAGCGUCUGACAGCAUCACUGAAUGGAUUGUGUUUAAUAGCCUCAGCCUGUCAGUGACAAAAACAAUCACUUUUAGUUGAGAUCAUCAUUAACUGGAAUGGUUCCAAAAUGUUAAUAGGACUCAUUUACACACCAAAACAUGUAGCCCGGGUUUCAAAAUUCGGGAACUAUCCUUUACCUGUGUUGAAUAGUGGCUUAUUGUUGUUCAGGAUGUCAACAAGCUCUAUAUGCAUUUGGUAUUGCAUGCGCUCAGUGAUAUCCAUUUUUACUGAUAUUGUAACAGUUCAUGUGAAUAAGGAGGCCGUGAUUGUUUUUAUUCCUUUUUAUUUUUGUAACAAAAACAUCAUUUUGUUUUCACACAAUUGAAAUAAAGUCGUGUAAGAAAAAUCUACACAAGAAGUCCCACAGUAUCCCCUUGUCCUGGACAGACAUGAUGCAAACUCAACGAGAUUCACACUUACUGGAUUAAAAAGAGACAAAAAAAAAAAA